GUCGAGUCUUGACUCCUUACUAGUUGAUCAGUUUCUUCGCCUAGGUUAUCCUGCAUGGCUACGAAAUACACCGCUACCAGGGCAAGCGCUUCGACCUCUCGUCGUGGACAGUUUUCCUCUGGAACAAGCCGUAAUCCUCAAGUGCGGCCUACGCAUUUCAUAUCCCUGCCCAUCGGACACCACGUGCAAUUGCAGCAAUCGGUAAAGUCGUUCACGGAUGGCUUGCUUAACCGUGAGCCUGCGUUCCCUGGCGUCGAUCGCGGUAUUGUUAUCGCACCUCGUCGUCUGCAUUUGACACUAGGAGUGAUGACUCUUGAAAAUCCACUGGUUUCCUCGGGAAGAACUUUGGAAGAUGCACUGGCAUUGCUAUCCACAUUGAGAACUCGCAUCAUGGAAUUAUUAGAUGGACAUGGUCUCUGCAUCCCUCUUACGGAGAUGAACAUCAUGAAACCCGAUCGCGGGAAUGCAGACAACGCGCAUGUUCUUUGGUUAGGCCCUUCAAUGGACACAUCAGACGCGCAGCGCCUCAAAUCUGUCAGCGAAUUUGUGAACAAGGCAUUUUGCGACGCCGGGUUUAUUCAAGAUCGUCGUCCUCUCAAGCUGCAUUGCACGAUUCUCAACACUACGUAUCGCAAACCACGGCAGCCGUUCUCCUAUAAUGCAAUUAUGACGUCGCCGUUUAUUCGCGAGUUUGUUCGUACUCCGCUAGAUUCGCAUAAUUUUCGGGACCCCGUGAAAGUGGAGUUUGGUACUUGGAGCGUUGAUGAAAUACAGAUAUGCAAGAUGGGAAGUUAUGGACCCGAAGGCGAAUACGUGAGUUGCGGGUGCUGUUCGUUGGUGUCAUAGGGUCGAUUUAUGACAUGUGGUGCCAAAAUUGUUCAGCACCCACAGCCGAGGCUCGGCUCUAGACUGCGGGUCGCUAUGAUAUGAUAGAUACUUUAAGUACUAGUGGCAGUAAUGCUGUGGCUUACGACGAGAAAGGGCUGCUUUGAAAGGAAGUUAGGUCUCACGCACAGGCCUACACCUGUGGCACAGCCCAUUGUGUGGCCAUUGAAAGAGCGAUUAAAAGACCGACUUGUAUCAUCGUGCG